AUGCGGCGGGCUCGAAUCCGAGGCCACGCUGAGAGGAACCCCGUCGGAGCGGUCUCAAAGGGCUGGAGAGGCACAUGGCAGGAGAGGGAGGGAGUUAAAAAACCAGAGCCUUUAGAUGGAGAGGAGUAUCUGGAUAUCAUAGGCAUCAUGCGAAACCAGGCCGGUCGCUACGAAUGCAAGGCCAGCAACGACGUCGCCACGCCCGACGUCAAAUACGUCAACGUAGUUGUCAACUAUCCUCCAACAAUAAAGAAAACUCAGAGCUCAGAGACGCCCGUGGGCCGCAUGGGGUCGCUGCACUGUGAAGCUGUUGCCGUGCCUACGCCAGAGUUUGAAUGGUACAGAGACGAGAAAAGGCUGUCCAACAACCAAGGUAUCAACAUCCAGAUUCUUGGAACUACCACCAUUCUCAUGAUUGCCAAUGUCACUGAGGAGGAUUAUGGGAACUACACCUGUGUGGCCUCAAACCGACUGGGCGUCCAGAGUGCCAGCCUUUUUCUCUAUAGACCCGGAACAGGUCGAGACAUCAACGGCUCUGCCUGCGUAUCUCAAUCACUGUGGCUCCUGCUGGCCUCCAUCGCCUUCCUUUUCUUCAAG